GUAAAAAUCUUUUGUAAUGAAUCGUUGACAAGAUCUGCACUGACAUUUUAAUAGACUAUACGUGGCAUACGCACAUUAUUGCCAUAUUUUAGCUGCCUGAAGCAACAAUAUCUCAGGUCCAAUAGAAUCUUGUCACGCAUACCAAAAAUAUUAUCUUUUUGUUUUAGAAAUCAGAAAAAAAACAUGUUGGCAUACCUUCUCCUAUCGCUGUCCAUCACGACAGUUACCAGCGAGAUGACAGGUUUCAUAGUGGGGGGGCAAGAAGCCAACAUGAGGGAGUGGCCCUUCAUUGCUUACCUGGUGGCACAAAUGGGACGUGGAACGAUAGCGGCGUGCGGAGGUUCACUUAUAAGCUCCCAGACUAUAUUGACGGCGGCGCAUUGCCUCGAUGACGUCACCAAGAGAAAGAAGUAUAUUCAGGAAGUCAAAUACUCCGUCUACAUGGGCCACCGGCUGCACAGGAGAGCGAACAUGCAUCGAGAAAUGUUAGAUUACACGACCCACGAAAAUUACGAUCCUGACGACGUUUACUACGACAUAGGCCUCAUGUUUCUGUCGAAUCCGGUGCAGUUCUCUCAUACUGUGAAGAAGGUGGUGCUGAUGGAUAAGGAGAUGGAGCGGUAUAUGAGGCAAGAAGGGGGGCUGGCGGUGGCUGGCUGGGGCAGGUUUGGGGUGAAUUCCCCUGGCAGUGAGUUUCUUAAAAGCCUGGACCAGACGCUUCUAAACCAGGACUUAUGCUAUGAGUACAUAGACGAGACUGACAUUGCGCCUGGAAUCAUUUGCGGCGCCAAGCACGGGGAGGUCAACUCAACGGAGUACGCGUUUAGUGGUGACUCCGGCGGCCCGCUGGCGCGGCCACGAGACAUGGUGCUAGCGGGGCUGGUGUCCUGGCGGAUGGAGACUCACGGAGUCACCGUGUACACAAGCGUACCCUAUUAUUAUUCGUGGAUAGGAAACACGCAGCAAAACUUGUUUAGGCGAUACUGUGGUAAGAUGGGAUAGGAAGGUGUCCACACGCAUUACACUUUUCACGCAUGGGCCCCCCAUAUCAUCAUCACAGGCCUUUGCGUCUAUUGCAGACGAUUUAAGCAUUGCUGUUUAGACAACGGUUUUUUGGUGACUGUGGAGGCCGAUGCGUGAGCGGCACGACCUCCCACAUUUUUGGCAGAGAAAGCUCACGCCACCUGAGGCUCCAGUCCCGGUUUGCUUUCUGCGACACCUACUGCUACGCCCAUAUAUUAUGAUACGAUUAAUCGCUUCGAUCAAUCUGACGAAAAUCGUGACGAUCGGGUGCUUAAAAUGCCAGUUACACACGAAGCAAUUGGUGGUUACGAUGAAGGCUCGGAAAAACGUCCGGUAAUUCGAAAUCAUAACCACGUUUCGUACAACAGAGACUUCAUUGUAGCAAUGUCAAUGAUUAAAUUUAAUAUGCCUUAAUGACGUCCAUAGAUUGUGGACAUUUUCGUCUCAUGAGUGGGUUAAAUUAUGGUUAUGUUUCAAAUUGACGGGCGUUUUUCCGAUGGUUAUCGCGAUAUUCGCGAUCGAGGGAUGCAGCGCGUGUGGCGCCUGCGUCAAGAGUGAGACAAAAAUCGAAUCGUUGAUCGUAAAACGCUAUAGGUACAAUGUCGAUUCAUCUUUAUUUCCGAUAACGUCUUCGAAAAUGAGAAAAUAACCGGUAAAAUGUGGCCACCAUUUGCCAUUUUGUUGAUAAAGCAAAAAAUAAGCAAAAUUAAAAAUGUGUCAAAAGAUCAAAAGUGGGGGGAGGAGUAUUAGAAAGCAUUUUACCCCUAAUGGGGCGCCACUGGACGGUCGACGCAGUCUUUCCGAUAUUGACAUACACUAUCGAUCCGUCGUAUCAAUCGAUCUGUAACGAACGAUUAUAAAGAUAAAUCGAACCAUAUAUGGGGGACUUUACUGACUGAGACAGAAUUGGCGAAUCUAUUGCACAUGCAGAGGCACAUGACGCCAAAUCCAACUUACAUUUUGAUGUCAAAAGUAUAUCAUUUUGUAAUAAUU